UGCAGGAAAGGUUAUACACUUUUGAUGAACACAUGGAAGAGAUAUGAUCUCUUAAAGAAGUCUGUUUCACACUAUGCAUCAUGUUCUAGGCUUGACUCUAUUCACAUUGUAUGGAGUGAACCUAACCCUCCAUCAGAUUCUCUUAAGGAGUAUCUUCAGAAUGUUCUGAAGAAAAAAUCAAGAGAUGGGCAUGAGGUUGAGCUGAGAUUUGAUAUUAACAAAGAAGACAGUUUGAACAACAGAUUUAAAGAGAUUAAAGACUUGAAAACUGACGCUGUCUUCUCAAUAGAUGAUGAUAUCAUAUUCCCUUGUCAUACGGUAGAUUUUGCAUUCAACGUUUGGGAGAGUGCUCCAGAUACAAUGGUGGGGUUUGUGCCCCGUGUUCAUUGGCCUGAAAAAUCGAAUGAUAAAGCCAAUUACUACACUUACAGCGGGUGGUGGUCUGUUUGGUGGAGUGGUACAUAUAGUAUGGUACUCUCAAAGGCAGCCUUCUUCCACAAAAAGUACCUCAGCCUUUACACAAAGAGCAUGCCGGCAUCAAUCAGGGAAUUCACAACCAAGAACAGGAACUGUGAAGAUAUUGCAAUGUCAUUCCUGGUCGCAAAUGCUACAAACGCUCCUGCUAUAUGGGUGAAAGGUAAAAUAUAUGAAAUCGGUUCAACUGGAAUUAGUAGCAUAGGAGGGCACACAGAGAAAAGAACGCACUGCGUAAAUCGCUUUGUGGCAGAAUUCGGGAAAAUGCCGCUUGUAUACUCUUCCAUGAAAGCCGUGGAUAGCCGCAAUUUAUGGUUCUGGUGAUUUGCUUCUUUCGCAUGGUAGUACAUUUCUGCUUUCUCUUCCACUGGUUACUACUACACUUUCACGUUCUAGCUAUCGAUGGGUUUGACGCCAAGUAAGAGUUCAAAACAGAGAACUGAUCUUACUUUUACGGAAAGAUAGAAGAUAGAGAACGAGAGUUUAGAAUUGGUGGCUUAUGGGGUUUCUCAUAGAAUCUUACAAAGAGAGAUAGUAGUAGCCUAGUGUGUAUGGUGUACCCUCA